AUGCUUUUCCUCCCAGCUGCUGCUCUGUGCUGUCUGUGUUCAGCAGUGGUUACCGUGGCAGCAGAGGAAUUGAUUCAGGAGGGUUUAACACUGACCAGGAGAGCUGAAGAAAAUGUUUUCUUCAGCUGUGGAGGGACUGAACAGUGUAGUAGCUUUGUGUUCUGGUACCAGAAGAAAGAAAAUGAAACAUUCAAAGCAAUUCUGCGUAUUAAUAGGAGAGAUGGUGCAGUUUCUUCAGAUUUCGGUCAUCCUCAGAAAGAUGAUUUCUCAGCAGUGAAUAAACAGAAUGGCUAUGUACGCUUGAAGAUAGACAAUGUUAAACUCGCUCAUUCAGGCACCUACUACUGUUCCUGUUACAAAGCAGGGAAAAACAGCUACUACAUCUUUGGCUCUGGAACUAAACUGUCUGUAACAGAAGCAAACCUGAGUGGACAGAAAAGGACGACACAAGCACCAAGUAUACAUGUGACCACACAGCGACCACCAUCAGGACCCAGAGUCCACGUGGACGGAAACAGCUCCCUGCUGUGUGUGCCCCCAGGCAUGUUUCCUUUUCUAGUCCAGCUGUCAUGUAGAAACCAGACAAGGAAGGGGCGACUGAAGGAGCUGCCCCCUGCUGAUGGAGAGCAGCCAGAGCUCAGAGAGUCAGGGCCCUACUCUCCCAUCUUAAUGACCCAGGAGGGCAGCACCUAUGAAUGUGACUGCUACAUAAAGCACAGGGGGAAGCUCCAAACACAACAAGAUUAUGUGCCAUCUACGUUUGAGGUGAGGUCAAUCUACAUGCUGUACACAGUGCUGAUAGUGAAGAGUCUGGUGUACUGCUGUGGACUCUCUCUGCUGAUGAUCCUCACAAACAAGGGACCGUCCACCAACUGCACACGUGCUGACUGACUGUUUUCUGCUCGCCUUUUCUCACCAUCAAAUCUCAUCAAUUCAUCUCAUUCAUCACUUUCAUCAGUAAUGUGUUUAUGAUGUAGUUCAUUCCUCUUGUAUUCUGUUUCUAUAUUGCAUUUUUUAUGCACACUCUAUUCUAAAGUAGUAUAUAUAUGAACAGUUAUGGAUCAAGUGGAAAUUCAUAUAAUUAACUGAUCACUGAUCAAAAUAAAUGUGAUUUUUAUUGUCUAGUUUAUUUUGAUUUUUAAUUUGGUCAUGUAUUAUAAUGCAAAAAAUAAAGCUUCAUAUUUUAUAAUUUUUAUAGUUA